CUGCGCAGGCGGUUGUCGGUGACUGCAGCGGUGUGGCGCUGGUAGCGGGAGAGUCGAAGCAGUGUGUAGCCCUUUCUUCCAACACGUAAAUUUACAACUGUCAAAGUAUUGAAAUUAUAUCGGAGCUGAAGUGUAUAUACUUUAGUUUCGACAAUGCCACGAGGUGGAAAAAAGGGCCACAAGGGCAGAGGAAAGCAGUUCAGCAACCCUGAUGAGAUUGACAGACAGAUGCGAGCACAGAAAGAGAUGGAAGAAAAUCCUGGUGCAGAGAAAGAGAGCUCUUCAGAGUCUGAUGAAGAGAGCAGUAGUGAUGAUGACUGUGAGUCCAAGAAGAGGAGUGGAGUAGAGGGACUUAUAGAGAUAGAGAAUCCCAACCGGGUGUCUCAGAAGAACAAGAAGGUGGCUGAUGUUGAUGUCAGUGCACCAAGGGAGCUGUCACGCAGAGAGAGAGAGGAGAUAGAGAAACAGAAAUCAAAAGAACGCUACAUGAAGCUCCAUCUUGAGGGGAAGACUGAACAGGCGAGGGCUGACCUGGCCAGACUUGCCAUCAUCAAAAAACAGAGAGAAGAAGCAGCAAAGAAGAGAGAAGAACUCAGGAAGGAAAAAGAAGCCGAAGAAGCCAAAGGAAAGCGUUAGUUCUUCAUCAUUAAGCUUCAACAUGCACAUCAGUCUCAGGGGGAUGGAGAGACAGAAGACACAAAUCUGGAGGAAAACGGGGAGGGACCAAUACCAGUGCUGUCAGAUCACAGUGCUCCUUUUAGCCCUCAUCCCUCGGUUUAAAUUCGAGGGUGUGGGUCUUUUCUGUGACGGUAUGGCCAGUACGGGCAAAUGGAGCAACUUUAGAUCAAGAGGAAUGCAGCACUUGGGACGCCUCCAAUUACAUUUAAGAAAUUCCUCCAAAUUAGAGACAAUCGUAGGUCUUCCAAGUGUUUCACCACCUCUUUACUCUUGUCACUAUUGACCAGGGUUUUAAUUCUAAAGCUGUUGGUAUUAUUUUCAUUCCUUUUGAUUUCUACAUUUUCACAAGGUGAUUAGCCUGGACAGGUAUUAUAGUUAAAAUGCAUGAGGAUGUUUUUGGUGCUUUACUUCAUCUUGCCUGGUUUAUAAGACGCCAGAUCAGUGACAGAUGAGUCACCGCAUAAUGAUUUAUAGAAAUAUGCCGUGUUGUCAAGUAUUUUGUUCAGGAUGAAAAAUGUUCCUACACCGCAGCUACAAACUUCAUGAAUGAGACUGAAUUGAUAAUUUGCUUACUCCAUUCAAUUAGUAUUAUUUUCUAAGGCUCUGUUCAGUUUUUCUGUCCUUAGUGUCUUCGUUUAGUCUCACUCUAUUUCCAUCAGAAACUGUCCUUAUAUGGGCUAUAUUCCUUCAAUCUGAAAUCAUUUUAACUUGAAAUUCCAACCUGUUUAAAUGGAUGCUAAGUUUUUUCUAAAGGAUCAAAGUUUUUUCUAAUGGUUGACUUUUGUCAAUUCUCAUAUUUUGUCACCCAAAUUAAAAGUCUACAAUGAUUAUUAAGUUCUGAUAUUUGCCAGUUAGACAGAUCAUCACACCGUCUUCUCAACCUGAUGAAAUGCCCUCUGUUUGAGGUGAUGAUACAUUUUUAUUCUUAUUAGUGGAAUAUUAAAGUCCAUGUAGACGAUGCUAGUGAUUAGAAUCUGAAGUGCUAGUGAUCUGAACUAGCUCAACUGCAUCUAGGAAGUAGCAAAUACUUUGUUUCUCUUAACCGUCUCAUUAAUCUCGUGACAAAUUUCCAACCAGCCUGCUGCUUCAAAACACUUUCUAAAUGUGUCUUGUAUCUGUUGCUUAAGCCACAGGAAUAUUACUUGAAUUGCCUAAAAUAAACUGUUUUAAAACUUGUUUACCAUCAGUGCUGGAAAGCAACAUCUCAAACUGCCUCAUUACAUUUUUUUCUGUUUCUGUAGGAUUGUCUUCUGUUGCCUUCUAAAAGUUUAGUUGAGACCAGUUCACUGUCUUUUCUCUCGUACUUUGACUGCUAACUUGGAGUGUAUUAGGUGCACACUAAAUACAGUUUUUCAGAAUGAUCCUAAAGAGUCCAAAUAUUACACAUGUACCUUUCACCGUACAAUAUCUGAGUUGUAUUGGAACUAUAGUGAUGUACUUAAACCCUCAACUCCCUGUUUGGUGCAGGUGGAAAUGCCUGCAUCAAGAAUCCAAGUUCCCUUCAACAGCAGAGAUCUUGUAGCUGAGAGAAGAAAUGGUAGGGACCAUUACCUAAGGCAACAUAGGCGCUGCAUAAAACAAGAUCCAAGUUUUCCAUCAUGCAAUUGAAGUAAUUUUUAACAAAUAAAAUCAUUAAUACAUUA